UCUAUAUCCAAUUACGAUUUUAUCAUUGGAUCAAUCAAUAUAAUAAAAUCGAAAAUUCUCCGGUAGUACAAACCCUAUUUAGUUUUUUGAAAAAUUUAUACCAUAAUCGCUCAAUUCUAUUACAUUUCAUCGUGUUAUUGAUUAAAGUUUCGACACUGAAUUACAUUCGAAAAAAAUAACGCGCCGGUGCCAAUUCUGUGAAUUAUAUAUAAUUGAAUCAGCUCUAGUUCGAUAACAAAAUGAGAAGCUCAAAGGUUGACGCGAGUGUUCCAGCCGAUCGAUUUUUCAAAGGAGUCUGUGUUGAUGCGAUUGUGGCCGUCGGAAAUAAAAAGGCAUCAUCACUACUGGGUCACUUUCAUCAGGUGUAUAUGAAGCAUUUGUUUCCAACUUGAUAAAUCCAUUGUGAUAAUUCAAUCACAUCAAUAAUUGUAGCUUAUCAAUUCAUUUAAAAAUGAGCAGCCAAUUUCCUCGUGGACAGUAUGAGGAUCCAUCGACGAUUAUGGAUUCAUCAUUAUCUGGUCAAUGGACUUCAGCACAAGAGCAGCAAGCCUCAACAAGUAAUCCCGAACAAACUCAAACGAUCCUAAUUGAUAAUUCGGGUGGUGGUGCAACUGUAACUGUAGCUGCAAGUCGAAGACAGGGCGAAAGACUGCCACCAUUUUCAUUCAUCACUAACCCGACAAUAAAUCAAAUCUUGAUUCAAAUUAAUCCUGAUUUAUUCAUAUCUAAACUGUUUUACUUUUUCUUCUAUUCUGCAUUUGGAUCAUUAUUCCCAUUGAUGGCAGUUUAUUUCAAACAACUUGGCAUGAAUCCAAUACAAGCAGGAACAUUAGUCGGUAUAAGGCCAUUCGUGGAAUUCAUUGCAGCACCAUUUUGGUCUUCCAUAGCCGAUCGUUUUCAUAAAUCCAAAGUUAUACUGCUAUUCUCAUUAGGCUGUUGGAUCGUGUUCACUUUUGCGAUGGCUUUUAUUCGUCCACCUGCAUCGGCUUGUGUAAUAUUCAAUGAAACACAUCAUAUAUUAUAUACACCGUACAGUGAAACACCGGAAGAGGAGGUAUAUGACGAUGCCUCAUCAUUAUGGCCUACAACAGAAGAAAACAUUCCAAAUAGUUCGGUUAUAUCGAAUUCUAUUAAUGAAUUCGAUACAUUGGUUAGUUAUCAAAAUUUCCGCAUGAAAAGAGAUGUUUCUGAAAAUAUUAAACAUAAAUUACCACCAAACCAUGUCGUGGGAAAAUCUCCAUUGACCGUUGAAUAUACACUGAAUUAUAAUCAAGAGAAGCAUGUAACAUAUUUAUCACCUCCAUUCUCCACAGUAGUUUACAAGCUUGAAGAUGUGAAAGAAGUGUUUUUUCUUCUCUUGUUAUUGAUAGUCUUGUUAGAAUUUUUAAGUGCUCCAGCCAUUACAUUGGCCGAUAGUGCUACAUUGGACUAUUUGGGUGAAGAUACUGACAAAUAUGGUCAGCAGCGAAUGUAUGGAUCAUUUGGCUGGGGCAUCACCAUGUUGUUGGUAGGCAUGGCUUUAGAUAAUUCGACAAAAUUUAAAGAUCAUCCGUGUGGACCACAUAGUGGCGAGCGAAAUUAUGUCACUUGCUUUUCGAUUUUUGCUUUUCUAAUGUCAUGCACUUUAUUGAUAGCUACCAAAUUCAAAUUUGAAGAAUCACCCGAAUAUUCAAAUGAAAUUCAAUUGAAUUCAUAUGAAAAUGAGCCUGGUCCGAAACCAUGGCAAAAUACUGCUCCGGCUAUCAACAUACCAAAAGAGUUUCAAGACAAAAAACGAAAAGAAGAAUUCAUUGAUCGCUGGAAGAGCGCUGUAUUCGCACAACGAACCAGAACAUUGCCCAGUUGGGUUGCUGUAUUGCGAUCGAUGAACAAUUCGCGUAAAUUGGCUUUUUUAUUGGUCACUUGGUUGAUGGGAUUUGGUGUUGGAUUAGUUUUUACGUUUUUGUUCUGGCACCUACAAGAUCUUGGUGGAACCCCGACGCUUUAUGGUUAUGCUUCGGUGAUCAACCACAUAUCGGAAAUUGGGGCUUAUUUCUUCAGUAUUAAUUUAAUACAACGUUUUGGCCAUACUAAAGUGUUGUGCUUUGGUUUACUUUGUAAUACUUUUCGUUUCAUUUAUAUUUCUUGGCUCGAUAAUCCUUGGUGGGUUUUGCCUCUUGAACUUAUCCAAGGAGUUACUCAUGCAACAGUUUGGGCAGCUGCUUGCAGUUACAUGACACAAAAUACUGAACUUGAACUUCGUUCUUCUGCUCAAGGUGUAAUGCAAGGCAUUUAUCAAGGACUAGGAAGAGGAAGUGGUUCACUUCUCGGUGGUGUUAUUAUACAUCGUUUCGGUUCUAGAAUUACUUUUUUCCUCUAUGGUCUAAUUUGUGCCGCAUUUUUAGGAUUGUUUGUUCAUGUGAACUAUUACCGCAAAAAUCAAGGUUACAAAUUUGAGGAAGAAAUUACUGAAGAUCCAAUGAUCAUGAUCAAUGAUUCAAGUGCUUUAGCACCACACGGUGUACCCACUAAUCCGAUUGCUCGUUCGGUUUCACGACAAAAUGUUGACCAUCCCGAAAAUCAUCUCCAACAAUCACAACCGGCGAACAAUCGAAUGGCAACCAAUUUAAAUCCAAGCGAUAACGAUAAUGUUGCCUCCAACUCAUAUGAAACUUGGGACCCAAAUGCAGCUUGGAAUUGAUAGUUUGAUCUAUGAUUCAAUCUGAACGACCAAAAUGGACCAAUCGAUUAGUAUUCUUUUUCCUAUUAUGAAACACAAAAGUCAAAAUGUUUAUUAAGGUUGUGAAUUAAGUGACUUUGAGAUAAUUUUAUUUUCAUCCCCAUUCAUUGAUAAUAUAUCGUUGUCCAUCUAAACCAUAGCUUUCAUUACCAAUGAUAUUAAUCUUUGAACUCUCCCGUGAUUGGUAAUUUACUCUUGUUGUUUCAAACAAAACUAAUUUAAUCCAUUACUUUGAGAAAUAGUUAUGAUUAGAUGAUUGUUUUCAGGGUUUCUUUUUAUUUUCCGUUUCUGACCAAAGAUUUUAACGUCAAAAAAAUUUUGAACAAAUUUUGCAACCAAAACAUAUCUUUCUCUUUCAAAUUACUCUCUCUUUCUCUGAAUGAAUUGAAACAAAACUACAUGAUACUAUUGCAAAAAUUUGGUUGUGUUUGCCACAUCUUCACAUAACAGCCUCAUAUCAUUCAUCAUUCUAAUUACUUUUAAUAUUAUCAUCAAUAUAUAGAGGAUAAUUGUAAAUUUGUUUCGUCACCAAGAAAAAGCGCAAAAAAACAAAUUUUAUGCAUGAUUGAAUUUCAAUUUUAACUCGUUUGUUGCAUUGAUAUAUAAGAAUCAUAUUAUAAUCACUUGAAUUGGAGAAAUUAAUGUUUUUAUGAUAUUUUGGUUGCUUACAACAUUCAUUCAUUCAUUCACUCAUUCAUGUGGAUUCAUUGUUCAACAACAAACAAACGAAAAAUAUAUGGAUGAGGGGACGAUAAAAGUAAAAAACAAAGAAAAAAAAUAUUUUCAAAAUACAAUACACGUGUUAUGUAAUGUUUCACCUAGUUUUAUCUACGCCCAAAUGUGUGUAUAGAAUACAAUAGAGUUUUCAUUCUACAAAAAAGGUUUGCCAUGACUAAUUUUUUUUUUCGUUUUUCUUCUUACUGAAUCGAUUGAUCCAAAAUUGAUUUAAAUUGAAAUGACUGAACAUCGAAUACACUCACUCAAACAUAAUAUACACACGGAAAUGAACAUUAUUAUUGUCCAUAUGCUUUCAUUUAACAUAUAAUUCAUUCAUUACAUAUUAUGUAAUAACUCUUUCGAAAUCAAACAACACUAUUUGCAUUGUAUUGUUUCUUGUAUUGCUUUAUUCAUGUUUUUGUGUUUUCUUCUCUCUAUCUUUUUUUUUUUUUUUGUUCUUGGCCUAAACAAUAUAUGAACCAUAAUUAUCAAAUAAUAAAUAUCAAUAAAGAAAAAAAAAGUGUCAUGUCAUCCGUCUUUUUAUCCUACAUCCUAUUAUAUUCUAAGUCAUCGUUUUUGAUGAUGUGAUAGUUUAAAACUCAACACAACACAUCAUAUUUCUAACAUGUUGGCAAACAUGGAUCGAUUGUUUAAUAAAUAAUAAA